AUGAACAGACUCGCUGCCAAGGCACUUCAAUCUACUCGUACUCGUAGCACUACUGGUAUCCUCAACCGUCUCUACUCUACCCACAAGGAAAUCAAGUUUGGUGUUGAUGGUCGCGCUGGUCUCUUGAAGGGUGUUGAUAUCCUCGCCAAGGCCGUUGCUGUCACUCUUGGUCCCAAGGGUCGCAAUGUCCUCAUUGAGCAACCUUAUGGCUCUCCCAAGAUCACCAAGGAUGGUGUCACUGUUGCCAAGUCUAUCGUCUUGGAAGACAAGUUUGAAAACUUGGGUGCUAGACUCGUUCAAGACGUUGCUAGCAAGACAAACGAAAUUGCCGGUGAUGGUACUACUACUGCUACCGUCUUGGCCCGUGCCAUCUUCACUGAAGGUGUCAAGAACGUCGCUGCUGGCUGUAACCCCUUGGAUCUUCGUCGUGGUGCUCAACUCGCUGUUGACAAUGUCCUCGAGUUCUUGAAGAACAACAGCAAGGUUGUCACUACCUCUGCUGAAAUUGCUCAAGUUGCUACUAUCUCCGCUAACGGUGAUAAGCAUGUGGGUGGUAUGAUUGCUCAAGCCAUGGAGCGUGUUGGUAAGGAAGGUGUCAUCACUGUCAAGGCCGGUAAGACCAUUGAUGAUGAGUUGGAGGUCACUGAAGGUAUGCGUUUCGACCGUGGUUUCAUCUCUCCCUACUUCAUCACCGAUACCAAGACCCAAAAGGUUGAAUUCGAAAAGCCCUUGAUCUUGUUGUCUGAAAAGAAGAUCUCUUUGCUCCAAGACAUCUUGCCCGCUCUCGAAGCCUCUGCUACUCAACGUCGUCCUCUUUUGAUCGUUGCUGAAGACCUCGAUGGUGAGGCUCUUGCUGCCUGUAUCUUGAACAAGCUCCGUGGUCAAAUUCAAGUUGCUGCUGUUAAGGCCCCUGGUUUCGGUGAUAACCGCAAGUCCAUCUUGGGUGAUCUCGGUGUUCUUACCCACUCUACCGUCUUCUCUGACGAACUCGAUAUCAAGUUGGACAAAGCUUCCCCUGAACUCCUUGGUACCACUGGUUCCGUCACUAUUACCAAGGAAGAUACCGUCUUCUUGAACGGUGCUGGUUCCAAGGACGCUAUCACUCAACGUUGUGAACAAAUCCGUGGUGCUAUUGAAGAUCCUAGCACUUCUGAAUAUGAAAAGGAGAAGCUCCAAGAACGUCUUGCCAAGCUCUCUGGUGGUGUUGCCGUCAUCCGUGUUGGUGGUGCCUCCGAAGUUGAGGUCGGCGAGAAGAAGGAUAGAUUCGAUGAUGCUCUCUGUGCCACUCGUGCCGCUGUUGAGGAAGGUAUCGUUCCCGGUGGUGGUGUUGCCCUCUUGAAGGCCGCCAAUGCUCUCAAGGAUGUCAAGGGUGCCAACUUUGACCAACAACUCGGUAUCAACAUUAUCCGUCAAGCUAUUCAACGACCCUGUAGAACUAUUGUCGAUAACGCUGGUGGUGAAGGUUCCGUCGUUGCUGGUAAGAUUUUGGAAGAUCAAUCUGGUAACUCCAACUUUGGCUACGAUGCCUCUACAAAUGAAUACGUCGAUAUGAUUGAGCGUGGUAUCAUUGAUCCCACCAAGGUCGUCCGCACUGCUCUUGUUGAUGCCGCUGGUGUUGCCUCUUUGCUUACUACAACAGAAUGCAUGAUUGUUGACGCCAAGGCCCCUGCUGCUCCUGCCAUGCCUAUGGGCGGUAUGGGCGGUAUGGGUGGAAUGGGUGGUAUGAUGUAA